AUAAAGCAUAAACUGUUUGUUAUGGUUCGGUCCGAGUCUUGAUUCACAGCUGAUUUUGAGCGGAGACUGAAGGAUUCGCGUGAUCUGAAUGUGAGAUAAGCCGUGAAUGCCGCCGACCUCUCUUUAAUCCGCUAACCAGUGCAAGAUUUACAGCUUCUGGAAGCUGAACAAUUAUUUUUGACAGCAGGAUAUGCUCUUUAAUUAACGGCGAUGGGAAAUGUAGACAGUGCCCUCGGACAAUUGGAGGUGGAUCGGGACAAAGGGGAGGUAUUUGAGGACUGGACAAUGGCGCCUGGAGAAUUAGGGGGUACCCCUGUAACAGUUUUCUCAGCUGCACAUCCACCUACUUCUCGUAAACGCCCAUACAUUGAACGUGGUCUUCAGGCAAGCCGAGUUUAUCGUCACCCGGGACUUCUCAAGUACAUUGAUGGUGGAAUAAUUGGGGGAGAAGUUGUAGUGGUUACAGAGAGAGCAGUUCCCUUACUUCAUCAAGACUUGGGAAUGUUUUCUCCACUUCAUAUUUCUGCUGGGUUACUGUCAAUCAUUGAAACACUUGUCUUCCUGCAUGACAGGGCGGGUGUUAGUCACAACAAUGUAAGUCCAGCUGGAAUUUUUGUCACCUCUGAUGGAGCAUGGAAACUGUGGGGUCUUGAAUAUUCAUGCAGCUUUGGAGAACUGACUCGGGAUCACAUUGAACAUAUAAAUAGUUACUGCCAUGAAAAGUCUGUUCCACCUGAUGAUAAGUCUAGAAUCUCCCCUUCAUACCAACAUGCAAGAGAUUCAUAUGCAUUUUCUUGCUUAGUAAAAGAAAUCUUGACUCCUGAUAUUGUCACAGAAAUAGCUGGUGCAGAAGACUUUUUGAAUGUCAUUACUGAGAAAGGUUUGAGUAAAGAUUGGAGUAAAAGGCCUCGCUUGGUAGAUCUUGCCAAACAUCAGAUCUUUAGUCAUGAUUUUCUCAAAAUUCAUGACAAUUUAAGCAAUGUCGUUCUUCUUCAUGACCACAAGAGAGAAGAAUUCCUCCAGAAUGUAGGAGAACAUUUGAAACAAUAUCCAGAGGAGCUAGUGUCAAGUACUCUGGCUGGUGCUCUCUUAAGCCGACCACUCCUUUUACAUCCUGCGGCUGUAACUCAUCUUAUGCCAAUGGUUCUUACACCAAAAACAAUUGAUGGUACAGGUGGAUUGUUUAGUGAAAAGGUAUUUGAAAAAGACAUUGUACCACAAAUAAUUCGCCUCUUCAGUGUGCAUGAUGCCACAGUACGGAGCAUACUUUUAUUAUACUUGCCGCAUUAUGUACAUCUGAUCUCAAAGGAUAUUUUAUCAGAUGAAGUUUUACCUGAACUUCUGCUUGGGAUUCGGGAUUCAAGUGACACUUUGGUUAUGUCAACACUUCAUGCACUUGCUCACUUGGUGCCCAUCCUUGGGGCUAAUACAGUUAUUGGAGAAAAUCGACAGAAUCUCUUCACAACUGCAAAGCCAAAGGCAACUCCCAUUUUACCAGUGAACAAAGUACUAUCACCUCAUCAAGUUAACUCAGUUAAACCCAAAAUAAUAUCGAGCAAUGGUGAAAAUAUUAACUUCACACCAUCAUCAGAUAUAUCAAAAGAAUCAGAACCUCCACCACCUCCCCCGAGGUCUAUAUCUCUACCACCAGAAUCUGUUUCUCAGGAUGGUACAUCUGAGAUAACUUCACUGGAUAAUUUAUCAUUAGAUAGUUUGCUCAUGUCUCAGAUACCCGAGAGAAGUUCACCAGAUGGAGGGGAAGAUAGUGGUAGUCCAACAAUUUUACCUGGAGUGCCAGGAGGGGUUAAUUGUAGUGACAAUGAAGCUUGGUCUGACUGGGAAGAAAUGCAGGAUAAUACGCCGUCAGAGGAUUUUUCAAACGUUUUACUAUCACUUAACCAGGACCAUUUGAAAGAAGAUUUUCUUUCAAAGGACAGUUUGAAAGGAACAGGUGUGCAGAAGAUGAAGGGAGUUUCAUUUAUAGAUGGUGUUAAUAAAAAUGGUGAUACUACUAGUGAUAAAAGCAUUCACAACUCUGUCACGAGAAAGGAAAGUGAUCUCAGUACUAAUAAAGUUCCAAAGCAAAGCUCGGGAAUGAAACUGACUGGCUUUCAGUUUAAGGAGAGUCCUGAAAUUAUAACUUUGAAGAAGCAAAAGAAUCUUAAUCUUGGAGAAGAGUAUGAUGUUUUAGCGAUUAAAGUGAAAAAGAAACAUGAUGAGGAACUGGAUCUCUUUGCUGACAUAGUACCAAAAUUUAGUACAAAAAAGUAUGACCUUGAAACAAUGUUGAUUGAGGCAAAGUCAAAGUCUCAGUCAUUACAGAAAGAAAGGUCACCAUCUGUAUCUGAGACAUUAGCUGGACUGGAUAUUAGUGGAGCUGAAAUUGGAGAAGCCUGGGAGGAGGAUAGUUGGGGCGAUCAGAUUGACUUUACUGUUGAUUCACCUGUAAUGGCUAGGAGUGAUGUGCUUUCUAAGACUAAAUCUGAAGCAGGUGCGUCUUUGGACACUUCUGGGGCAUCUUAUGAUGAAUACAAUGGAAAAAUCAAGGAACUUGAAAAGUUUACAUUUCAAAAACCAUUGUUAAAAAAUAAUAUUGUGACUAACAGUGAAGAAAAAGAUGAAUGGGAUAAUUGGGGUGAUGAAUUUUAACAUUUUUAUUUUUGACAUUACAACAAAAUUAUUGUUAAAACAGUAUAUACAUCUGUAAAUACGUAUAAAAGUUCUCAUUCAGUAGUUGCAAGUUAGGUCUGACGUAUUAUUUUUUAUGCCAGUUUUACAUUCCUUGUAUUUUUUUUUUUUUUUGGUAAUGGUGAAAACAAUUGCUGGUGUGUCAUGUUGAGUUGUUUUGACCUUUAUAUUACUAGUCGUUAAUUUUAGUGGGACCUGAAUGGACUAAUGUUAGUGUUUGUUGAGUAGUAGCAAUAUAGUAUUUUUCUCAAUGGUCAUUGGAUAUGAAAAGGUACAAAACUUUUCAUGGUAAAGAUAGCAACUUAUAGCUCCCCAUUUUCAGUGGAUUUUUUUUUUUAAAGUUAGAAGCCAUUAAAGGGUAUUUAAAUCCAGCAUUAGUUAUUACUGAAGAGGGUUUUUACCAGUCAUGCAAUAUACUUAGUAUAUUCUGAAAUUGUCAUUAAUAUAUAAUCUAGGUCAUGUGGAAUUUGUCACCCACAAGCUGUGUUAGCAUUUCAGAUAUAUAAAAAAUUAGGUAGCAAUUUUUUUAAGCUCCACUAUCUACGAAAAUAUCGUAAGAGUAAAUAGUUUUGUGGCUAUGAGCUUUCCACAUAGCUCGUGAUGAAGCACAGAUGCCAGUUAGUUCCUUGCAUACACAAUCUUUUAUUUUUAUCGGAUUUCCAGCUGGCAAUAGAAGAUUUAUCCUAAUGUUAAGACCUCAGGUUUGUUAGUUAUGAAAAAUACAGAUUAAAAAAUUUGGCAUUUUCUAAAUAAUUGUGCAUAAAUAAGUUUUAAUGAAUGAACUUUUUUUUUUAAAGUAAAACUUUGGAUCUUUCCUUGGUAGUGACCCCAGCAAAGUUCUGGGGUCAUUAUCUAUGACUAAUAUUUCUUUGGCGCCAUUAUGUUAUAUUUACAAUCUUUUGUUUAUGUUUUUACGGCCAUCGCCAAUGGGCUUGUACUGAACACGCUGCAAAGGUGGUUACAUAUCCGGUUAAACGCCUUUGGGGUCACUAUUCAGGAAAGUUCCAAUACUUUUAUCUGGUCACAGACUAAAAUAUUUUAUUUACUUAUUUCAGUUGACUUUUGUUAUUGUAUACAAUUUCUUUAGUCUCAAAAUAAUUUUGCUACCAUGUGUAAACUUAGAUCUUACAGGAAGAGAAGAGCUUAGGUGUAAAUAAAAAUAAAAGUGAUGUGUGGGCUACUUUACAACUUAUUCUUAAAAAAUUGUUACACGACAGUAUUGUUGUCAGUUCACGAUACAGACAACCAGGCCAAGAGAAUAGCUGCAUUGUAUUAAGAAAAUGGUAAUAUCAUCACCAAGUUUCUUCACAUUUCUGUAGACCAAAAUCAAACAACUCAACAUUUCAUUGUGACAGUUAUUUUGUACAUCCCAGAUACUGUGUACAGUAAAAAGUUGAGCAAAGAAAACUAAUAUAAUAAGAAAUAAUUGUGAAUAAAAAAAUAAGCUACUCAUUUACAUUAUAGUUUCCUGUCUUUUAUAUGAGACACUGCAUAAAGUAUACUAGUUAUAAGUUUGUACAUAUUUGCAAGUGAAACUAAAAUUAAUAGUAUGCACUACAGGCGAGCAAGCAACAGACUGUGUUAAAACACUUCACAAAAACUCAGUGUAAUGUGCAGUAUAUGGAAAUUUACUAUCAGGAAUAAUUACUAUUUGAAAAUAUACUUUAUAAUGGUCUGUAUUAAGCAUAAACAUAUGUACAUACUGUACUGUGGUUAAACUAAUGAAUUUAAUUUUCAAAAUUAUAAACAGUCAUCUGGACAUUUGACUACCACAGAAUUAAUUUUUUUAAUUUGUUGGCUUUGUAAAGUUUAUAAUAUUGAAUUUCAUGUUUGCAUGUACUGAAUGCAUAAUUCUGAAGUCACAUAAAAAUAUUAUAUAAUUUAUGACAGCCAUAUCUUAGAAUUUAAAAUCUUGUUCCCUAACUGUGAAACUUCCAAUGACCUUGUUCCUCGACAGUAGAUUUUAUGUUUAAAUGUACUGUAUAUUCAUAUGUACUGUCUGCUAUGUCGGACAACUGAAUUUUCGUGCAUUGUGUUUGUGUGUGCUAAUCAGAUUUUUAGGCACUUAUUUUAUCAACAAUGCCUGUGAUGUUGUGAUAAAUGAAUCAAUGUCUUAUUGGCCAUUGCUACAUAAAAUUGAACUGGGUGAAUACAGUGAACAUUUUUUAAUGCAAAUUUAUGUAAUAAAUGGGGUUUGAAAGUUACUGCAACUUUUAGGUAGGUAAAAGAAUCAAUCUCUUAGAUGUAUCAUUUUAGAUUUUGCUUUAGUGUAGUUCCUGUAUGCAGUAUUUGAAAUAAUGAACUAAGGAAAAAAUGCAAGUUGGUCAACUUAUUUCACAUGAUGAAUUAAUUAGUUAUAAAAAAAAAAUUUCUCCUUGACAAUGAUGGAAAAUAUAAAUUUUCGCGGCAUAUUACAAAAUUGGUUAGUAACUUUUUAAUGUGUUCUUGUUUACAUAAUCCACUAUUUUAAGGUACCCUGGUUGUGGUUGUGAUCUAUAGAUCUUGUCUCCCCCAAUUUUUAUUUUUUAAAUGGCCAAUGAUGAUAUUAUUGAAACAUAAGCUUUGGAGGUCUAAAAUUUAUGUAUCCUGUAAAUAUAUGUACUAUUUAAUAAUUGUGUGAUAUAUGUAGAAUAUUUAUUGUGUUAAUAUGUAUACAAGGAAUGAUUGUACUUCCUGGGAUAAGUGUCAUUGAAGUUUGCCUUAGAAAAGCUAUAAAUUAGACUACCUGCACAUAGUUCAGGAACUGAUCAGAAUUCAGACAUUGCAGUAUUCAAACAAGCAUCCAGAUUGUUGUUAAGUAUAUUUUUAUUUUAUAAUUGUCUCAUUCUUAGUAGUUGAAAGCUACAAGUGUUUUGUAUUAUAUUAAAGUCCAUUUCCCUCUGAGAUGGUUGAUUGUUAGCAAUUAUUUGUUCUCUUUUUAAUUCCAUGUAAAUUUAUCUAGUCAUUUUGAUUAGGCAAAUACUGUUUUAGACUGUGGUUACCAUUAUAACUUUAGUGCAAUGCCUCUUUUUAAGUUUGUCAGCAGCAGUGCACCUUAUGCCAUAGUUUAUUCUUUAGAAAAAUAAUGGCUACUGGUUAAAUAUGUAUACAUACCUGCCAGAACAUUAUAUACUGAUUAUUGCAUCACUUAUAAAAGCCAUGUAGGUGUUGCUUCUUCCAUCCACAUUAAAAUUAUGUUAUUGGUGAAUAAUUUUUAUUUGGUGCUGAAACUGUGGAAACAAUUUAGAAUUUUAACAAUUACUGUACAGAAUCUGCACAAAUUUAAAUGUUUAUAAAACGAUCCUUUAUCACUCAUUGUUUGAAUAAAAGAUGCUUUAUGUUG